CCCAUGAUCCAAAUCGGUGUAAUGCGAGCUUCUUGUUUUUUUCCGUGUUUUUAUUACGGCACGCGUGUGCCGUGUCUGCUGUGUCGGUGCGGGGAACGUGAAAAGUCUUCUGUUGUGAAAUGUGCGAAAAUUAGACGUGUUCCCAGCUUAUUAUACUCGUCGACAUAAUUAGCAGUCCAAGUGUCUUGUCCAAGGCUUGACAGCGGCUGACAGCCUCCCAACAGCAGACGUGUUCAAUAUGUUGACAUGCUGUGCGAUGAAUAGCUUACUAUGUGGAAGGAAUAUUGUGAAAAGCACACAUCUGUCGGUCGGUCUGAGGUUCUGCUCCAUAGCAAACACAUUAAGAGUAACAAAAGAAAUAAAGGCAAAACGCGAGGCGGCUUUACUCGGCGGUGGUCAAGCACGCAUAAACAAGCAGCAUGAGAAGGGCAAGCUUUCAGCAAGAGAAAGGAUAUCGAUACUUUUGGACAAGGACUCGUUCGUCGAAUAUGACAUGUUCAUGGAGCAUACGUGUACGGAUUUCGGCAUGGAAAGUGAAAAGUAUUCUGGAGACAGUGUUGUCACAGGACAUGGAGAAAUUCAUGGACGAAAGGUGUUCGUCUUUAGCCAGGAUUUCACUGUUUUUGGUGGCAGCCUAUCCAGUGUCCAUGCUAAGAAGAUCUGCAAGGUGAUGGAUCAGGCUCUGCUUGUCGGAGCUCCCGUGAUUGGCCUCAAUGAUUCUGGUGGUGCGAGAAUUCAAGAAGGUGUAGAAUCGCUCGCUGGGUACGCGGACAUUUUCCAACGUAACGUACUAUCCUCCGGAGUGAUCCCGCAGAUUUCUGUCAUCAUGGGACCCUGCGCGGGAGGAGCUGUCUAUUCUCCCGCUAUGACAGACUUCAUCUUUAUGGUUAAGGAUUCAUCUUAUCUGUUCAUUACCGGACCAGAUGUUGUCAAGGCUGUUACAAAUGAGGAUGUAACUCAAGAGGAACUAGGUGGUGCAAAAACACACACUGUGACAUCAGGUGUGGCACACAAUGCCUUCGAGAAUGAUGUCCAUGCCAUGGUGCAAAUGAGGCGGUUUUACGACUUCAUUCCUAUGAACAAUCACAGCGGCUCGCCUAUACGAAAGUGCUACGAUCCCUGGGAUCGCAUAGUUCCCAGCCUCGACACUAUUAUCCCUUUAGAGAGUACUGCAGCGUACAACAUGCUCGACGUCAUCCUCGACGUUGUUGAUGACAGAGAUUUCUUUGAAAUCAUGCCCACUUACGCAAAGAAUAUCAUCAUCGGCUUUGCCAGGCUCAAUGGCCAAACUGUUGGAGUUGUUGGGAACAAUCCCAAGUAUGCAGCAGGCUGCCUCGACAUCAACUCUUCCGUGAAGGGUGCACGCUUUGUAAGGUUCUGUGAUGCCUUCAACAUUCCCAUUAUUACAUUCGUUGAUGUGCCUGGAUUUUUGCCAGGAACGGCUCAAGAAUAUGGUGGAAUUAUUAGGCACGGGGCAAAGCUCCUCUAUGCAUUUGCAGAGGCAACUGUUCCAAAGAUCACAGUAAUCACACGAAAGGCAUAUGGUGGAGCCUACGAUGUGAUGAGCUCAAAGCAUCUACGUGGCGACGUGAAUUACGCAUGGCCCACUGCAGAAGUUGCCGUGAUGGGAGCUAAAGGUGCUGUUUCCAUCCUGUAUCGAGGGAAAAAGGACGUCGCGAAGUAUGAGGAGGAAUACUUCCGCAAGUUCGGAAAUCCUUUCCCAGCAGCUAUACGUGGGUUUGUGGAUGACAUUAUCGAACCUCGAUUUACAAGGAAACUACUGUGUAAGGACUUGAAAUUGCUACGCACGAAGAACCUAAAAAACCCACCAAAAAAGCACGGGAACAUCCCUCUCUAGGUAAAAUGUAGGCUGUUAACACCUGUCUUCCAACACUUUUCAUUGGAGAUUAUUUGACAUAUUUUGUUGUCUUGUUGAGAGAUUUAUCCGCGAUCUUAUGUAAAGGCUUUUUUUAGAAAUAUGCUAUGUUUUUGGAACUGUGUAACCCUUACAAGACGUGUCAAUCUCUGUUGGGUACCUAUUGUGUUCAGCAAUUGUUUGUGAUGGACAUUGACGAACAGGCAAAGCAUUUUGUACCCCGUGCUUAGAUCUUUGAUUUAUUGAUGAUAGAGCACCAGUUGUUGAGCACUAUCUUUGUGCAUGUCGUGAAAACUGUAGAGUUGUCUUCGGUAUGGUGUGGUACUGUCGAUCUGAGAUAAAAAUAUUUUUAUUGUGA